CUUUAUUUUGCUCAGCGGGCUCAACAUUCGUGAGCGACACUCCCGUGAUGGCCAUAUUUCCGAGAGCACUGGAAGCAGGCGUCGUUUGACAGGAGGCUGUCCUUGGUAGCAGAGCUAGCUACUGGGAGCUAAACAACGAAAACAACUCCGCUCCAACAAACCUGCUGCACGGAUGUGAAGUGAUCGGUCAGAGCUGAGGGUUUGGGUAAAGUCUUGGACUAAAUGUCCUCCAGUCCCGGUGAAGAGGGGCGUCUUCCUGAGGCUGCCCCAAACAGCCACACCCCAGACCGGUUUGACAGCCCCGCUCAAACUGAGGCUACAGGGAACACACCUGAGGAUCAGUCGCCUAUGUUGGACAAGGCCUCUCCUUCUUCCACUACCUCCUAUGAGAUUCUCAACAUGGAGACAGUCCCAGCUCCUUACAGAGAAGUGCAGCCUCACUGGUUCUUCUGUCGACGGGCUAAUGACAACACCUCCUGGCUUCCUUUCAGCAGAGAAGACUCUGACAAACUAGAGAGGGCCUGCAACUCUGCAGAUGAGGGGGAGGUGGUGGUGGCUGUGGACGGAGAGCGGUAUGAUGUGCACGUCAAGGAGAGGAAACGCUACGCUGUGUACUGGGAGCAAGGUCCCACUGAAGUCCGCCGCUGUACCUGGUUCUACAAAGGAGAUAAAGACAUCAUGUUCAUGCCUUACUCUGAGGUCCUCAGCCGAAGCCUGGAGGAGUCUUAUAUGAUAGCAGUGACCUUGGACGAAUGGAAGACGAAACUGGACUUUCCCACUGGAGAGACUGUUAUCUUACACAAUCCCAAACAUAUAAUGCAAUAUCAGCCAAUUGGAAUGCAAGAUGAGUGGAUGACCUCCCCCUCAGAGCAGGCCAGACCACGAACAGUCAAGAGGGGGGUAGACAACAUCCCUGUAGAGAUACCUGAAGGUGAAACAGAAAAGGUGGACCACCUUGUUUUUAUGGUGCAUGGCAUAGGUCCCGCGUGUGACUUGCGCUUCAGAUCCAUCAUACAGUGUGUAAGUGACUUCAGGAGUGCCUCCCUGUCCCUCCUGGCCUCUCAUUACAAACGGGCUCAGCAAGAUUGCCAGGUGAACAGAGUUGAGUUCCUCCCAGUCAACUGGCACAGCGCUUUACACGGGGAUGCAACUGGUGUGGAUGAGGACAUCCAGAGGAUCACUCUUCCCAGUAUCAGCAGACUGAGACAUUUCACCAACGACACUUUGCUGGACCUGUUUUUCUAUAACAGCCCCACCUACUGCCAGACCAUAGUGGACACAGUAGCCUCAGAGAUCAACAGGCUACACACGCUUUUUAAACAGCGACACCCAGAAUUCAGCGGGGCAGUUUCAGUAGUGGGCCAUAGUCUGGGUUCACUGAUCCUGUUUGACCUGCUAACCAACCAGAGGACUAGAUCAGGGUCCAGAGAGGGGGUGCCUUCCGGUGAGACGUGUCAUUUGAAUUGUGACACAUUGGAGCAGACUCUGACCAGACUGGGCCUCCAGCAAUACCUGGAUACACUGCAGGCUGAAAACCUUGACCUGGAAUCACUGUCUCUUUGCAAUGACAGUGAUCUCAAAGUGUUAGGAAUUCCUCUUGGACCACGAAAGAAGAUCCUGAAGUACGCCAAAAGAAAAUGGCUUCCAGAGGGUGGUAGGUCAGGGACUGUGCUUCUGCCACCCGGGUUGGAAUGUCCACCCCAAGUGACCAAUGAUCAGGAUGGUAAUCAGUCAUCCGGUGUGACGCCGCAGCAGACCCAGUUUCAUAGGGCGCAGUCUGUCACCAGCGCCGUGGACUAUGAAUACUUUGACGUGGGAAUCGGACAGGUAUCUAUUGAAUACCCACAGCUAGCGUUCCGCCCUCAGACAUUUUUUGCAUUCGGCUCUCCCAUUGGGAUGUUCCUCACUGUGCGUGGACUGAAACGCAUCGACCCAAACUACACCUUCCCCACCUGCAAGAGCUUUUACAACAUCUACCACCCGUAUGACCCCGUGGCCUAUCGGAUAGAGCCCAUGAUUGUUUCAGAGGUGGAUCUGGAGCCCAUGCUAAUCCCUCACCAUAAAGGCCGCAAGAGGAUGCACCUGGAACUUAAGGACAGCUUGACCCGAAUGAGUAUGGAUUUGAAGAACAAUGUCUUGGGAUCAUUACGGACCGCAUGGCAGUCUUUUGCCAGACUCCCUUCUGCCGCAGCACUGCCCCCGGUGGAGGAAGGGGAAACUACAAUAGAGAGGAACCUUGAGGAGACACAAGCCUCAGCGGCAGUUACUGCUUCUUCUGAGAGUGAAGAGAAAAGUGCUGAUUUUUGGACUAUAAUACUGGAGUGGCCCAGGGCCCUUCAUAUGCAUUACUUCCAAGGAGUGUGUGAGGAAGCAGAGUCCUCAGUGUCAGCAGAGCAGGCAGAGCAGCCCGAGAUAAACGUGGGGAGGUUGAAUGGAGGACGAAGGAUUGACUAUGUGCUUCAGGAGAAACCCAUUGAGAGCUUUAACGAAUACCUGUUUGCCAUCCAGUCACAUCUGUGUUACUGGGAAUCGGAGGACACAGCUCUCCUCCUGCUGAAGGAGAUCUAUGACAAGCAGGGUGUGGCCUUUGAACAGCCUCAACAGUAAUACAAGUUUUUACGAAUGUGAUCUGAUGAGACAAGAGAGAAACGGAAGGACAAUUGACCGAGCCAGCGGCUGCACAACCCUCCUCCAGAAUGCCUUACCGCCUGGUUUUUACCUGACUCCACCAACAGUGGAGACUGCUCAGCUGUGCUCAGGAGAUUGUGUCCCAGACAUGUCAGUCAACCUUCAGCUGAGGUAGAGAUGGCCUCUUGGCGUAGAUGAAAGUCUCUCUGCAGGAUUGGGUUUCAAAUCCAUCCUCACAACACAACUGAUAGCACUUUUCUUUUUUUUAAAUUAAAGUCAUUGUUUAUUUUAUGUUACUUUGCACUUUCAUAUUGUAACAAUUAUUGAUAAAUCAUACUUACAGCUGCAGCUCCAUAAUAUUGAAAAUAUAAUUGCUCAAAAUAUCACACAGUACACGUUCAUGAAAGGGAAAACACACGUCAGACUGGAAUCGUUCUCGGCUAGCAUACAGUGUAUAUAUAUGUAUAUAUAUAUAUAUAUGUGUGGUAGUUGACAAAAAUAUAUGUAUAAAAAAAUCUCUUAAUAAAGUUAAAAUAGUAAAUCAUAUAAAAUUUGAUAUAUUUGGUAACCUCAUUGUACAGCCUCCAAAACUGAAAUAAAGAAGUGUACAAAUAUAAUUAUGAUAAUUAUAAUUCCCUUUAUGUGUGUUUUAACUGGGCUUCUCUGUCUGACAUUUUAAACCUUAAACUCCUGAAAAAAGGAUAUAUUAGAGCACUGGGUAUAACAAAACUCAGUCAGGUGGUUUCAUUUGAUCCACUACGAUAUUUUAAGUUUCUAAUUGGUAAAAUUCGUAUUCAAAUGUUGUCUGUUACGUGUUUGCUGGCAGCUCCUUUUUCAUCUAACAGAUGAAGUCGUGCACCGACUAAAUGGAAGUGAAGUUAAUCUUGCCUUCUCAUACUAUCUGUUUCAUUUAAAAUAUGAAUUUGAGAUCAUUCACAUAUACUUCAGUGGAGAGAAGUCACCCUAAUGAAGAAUUGUAUCAGAAAUGAAUUACAGAAAUGCCAGUGCUUUAAAGGACAAGCUGGCUAUCUUUACAUUGUGUAUGUAUCUGUAGUGGGUAAGCUAUUUAAUUGCAGUGUGCAAUAUAUACAAAAAGGCCAGUCCCACAUUCUCUCCUCCAGGUCUUUGCCAUUCCUCUUGUAUCAUUCUUUGCUGUCUGCUCCGCCGCAGUUGACUCAAAGAGUAUCUUGCUGUAAGGCUGUAAAAAACAGAAUGGGACCUGACACACUUCUGCAAAACAUAAGGGACAAAUCCCACAUGUCACUCCUCAUCUGUUCCUUUGUAUAAAGGGUUGUAUAAUCAUCACCUCUAACACUAUUGCAUGCACUUUGUUUUGUUAUGAAAGAGCAGAGGUUCUCAACGUUUACUGGUCCUGACUAAAAUUUUGCUCCAAGUAUUAACAUGAUUUUUAUGGGCCCAGCAAUAAGAGAAUUUUCAAAUUGAAAUCUUUUGAUUUGAUUUGAAAAGCAUCAUAAAUGGAUUUCAAUAGUGUGUUCCAAAGGUAAUAUUACUUUUUUUAUUGAAUAUAUAUAUUUUAAAAUACCAGUAUAUCACUGUUAGAAAUAUCUCAGAUCUGCAAUUGCUCACAAAGCAACAUGAAGUCCAGAUUAAAAAGUUGAGAAACCCUCUCUUUGUUAGAGUGGUUUGACUUUAUGAACUCCUAUGUUAUGCAUUGUCUGGGCAACACUGCCCCCACCACCAAAGCUCGGAAUGAUCUGUAUCUCAGCCCACUGGGUGUCGCAUAUGCACAAUUUACAUGAUAACCAAAUGGGGUUGUUCAUUUCACUUCUUGCACUGAACACUAAGUUAUAAUGAUGGACUGAUUUCCUUAGACUUUACCUAUGUCUUUGUUUCUGGAAAUUCUAGUAUCUAAUCAGUAAAACAGGACUUAAUGGAUCAUGGUUUCUCUUCCUUAACAUGAAUACUGUUUUUGGAUUUGAUACUAAUAUCUUGAUACAUGUGCAAAAAAAGGGUGUGUCCUCCUCUGACACGUUUUGUCCAGCUAUUCUGUUAUUGACAGAAAAGCUCUAUGGAUGGUUAUGUGUGCCAUAAUAAAACCUCACAAAUGCC